AGGCUGCCCUUCUUCCACCCGUGACCUCUGGCCGCCCGGUUUGGCGUGCACUCCCCCCUCAGCAGCACAGUCCAAGCAAGGCAACAACGGUGAAUGAAUGCUCGCAGCCGCAGCGGAAGAAGAGCCGCCUCGUCUCGUCUGCUCUGCUCUGCUCCCCACACAAACAGAAAGAGAAAUUCAGCAGACAACAAAUAGGAACGCCUCUUUUAAUCCUGUCCUGUCCCUCCCUCCCUUAUCUUCUUCUUCCCCCGCCCGUCGCAUUCAUCCGCCCCCCUCCCCUACCAGGGCCCAUCCUUGCUCCGCCAAUCACUAGCGCAGCUGCAAGCUUCCAAGCCACCGGGAGGCGGAGAGGGACCCAAACCAGAUCUUGGCGACACCAACAGCCCAACACAGGUAGAGUACUAGAGUAGAGGUGGUUCAACCCCCUUCCUGUUUCUCCCCGUAUUGUAGGUGAGCCACCCCAUCACCACCGCCGCCGUCCACUGGAGGACUCGGUUGGAGCUUCCCCUUCCUUCAAAAGCUCCCUGCUUUCUUUGGGGGUUUUGGUUGCCCAACAAGGGGAGGGGGUUUUGGUUGCCCAACAAGGGGUGGGGGUUUCGGUGCUCCUGGGAGGAGGAAUCUUGGCAACAAGAGAGGGAGGUGCCCAGAUUUUUGACUGGCCAUGGAGGCGGUCGCAAUGUCGCCGUCAUCCGUCUCCUCCCACAUCCAUGAUGCCGCCUCCAUCACCGACGACAUGUCCUUGCAGGAAGGUCUCCUCUUCUCAGACACCCUCAAGGACCUGAGGAAUCUGCGGUCACAGCUAUACUCAGCGGCAGAAUAUUUUGAAGUAUUUUACCGAAACAACUCGCACAAGUCUACUGUGAUGACGAGUUUGAAAGAUUACACAGUUGAGGCCCUUGUUAGCACAGUGGACCAUCUGGGUUUUGUGUCAUACAAGGUGGAUAAUCUUGUCAGCGAAAAGGCUGAUGAGGUUAAUGAAACAGAAUUUCUAGUAUCUUCAGUUGAACAGAGGGUACGAAUUUGCCAACAGACGAUGGACCAAGAAGGAAGAUCUCAACAAGCUCUUCUCAUCAAGGGGCCAAAGUACCACAGGCGUUACAUAUUACCAGGCAUGGAUCUACUGGAAUCUUCCAUACAUCCAGUUUCGGAACCUCCACGGUACAACAGACAAUAUACAAGUCGCAAAAUGCACAAGUCUCAAUCUUCCAUUUCUACUCCAGGAUGUCGGCAGGCUACAAUGAGGCGUGCUCGUUCACCAUCUCCUACACCUAAGGAUGCAUAUCACCGAUCCCGGUCCUUGUCACCUUCUCAAAAAGCACGAGCUAAAUCUCCAUCUCCUCGAAUCGUGAACUCAAAUACAAAAGAAAUAAGGGCAGGCUCACCAAUACCAGAUUCUAAUCCUCUGGCACGGUCCUCUACAGUCGCAAGAAAACCACCUGUGAACUCAAAGCAUUUGAGACAAACUUCAAUGCAGUUACACACCGACUGGGACCAUCACAAGGAACAGGAGAAAAGCUCGAGCAAAGGCAGGGGUUUCCUCAAGUCGUUGCUCACAAGGCGCCGGUGGAGGAACGAUGAGUCAUUGUACAGUUACUUGGAUGAGUAUUGAUUGUUGGAAUGCUGAAAACAAAGAAGUGUGGUGUUAAUUGAAUCAACAUCUGAUAUUCGUAUUUGUGGCCUCUUGCUAUGCCAAAAGGUUGCAAUCAUGUCCUUUCGUUUCCUUUGCGCCAUUUUCUCUUCUUCUUUUUUCAUGUAUUCAUACAACUCAGGCACAUGGUGAACGCAGCUCCUGGUGGCCCCUAAUGGUGGCAUUGUGCAA